UUUUGCUCUCAAUGAAUCAGUGUGUGUGUGUGAGAGAGAGUUUGGGGGAGUUGAAUGGGAAGUGCUGUGGGGAACAUCCCCUUUAAGAGGCGGUCGCCGAGGCUCUCGCUGCUCUCUGGCUGCGCUUUCUGUGCUGAGGGUCAGGAAUUUCUUUGAUCGGUGCUGGUAUCGGCGCCGUCAGACGCUGAGCGGGGACCUCCCUGGAGCUGACGGGCAGUGAGUGCACCGGCAGCGCCAAUGACUGAGGCGGCGAACAGCAAAUCUUCCAAAGCAUCGCAACGGAUCAAGAAUAUCCGCAAAAACUCCAUCAACCGCAGGAUCUACUCGGCAGCUUAUGAAGAGCAUGAGAACAGUCAUUCGGAGGACGAUGAGCAGGAAGACGACAAGGCCGAUUACAAAGACCCAGAAGAAAUCUUUCAGAAUAUUCAGAUUCAGAAGGAGAUUAUCUCCAACAUUCGCUGCAGGUCAUGGGCAAUGGGCCAAAAGCUGAAGGUGCUCAGACAAGCCAAAGAGAUUGUGUUGAAGUAUGAAGGCAGAUUAACAAGGACAAGAGGCUAUCAGGCUGCAGGGGCAGAAAUGUGGAAAAAAUUUGGGAGACUGGUGUACAAUAUAACCGUGCUUUUUAUCCCCUGGGAAAUGAGAAUAAAGAAAAUAGAAAGUCACUUUGGCUCUGGAGUUGCUUCGUAUUUUAUCUUUUUGAGAUGGAUGUUUGGCAUCAACAUAGUGCUGACUAUAAUGACGGGAGCGUUUGUUAUAUUACCAGAGCUUUUAGCAGGCGCUCCGUUUGGAAGCGUUCCCAGCAAAACUAUACCUGCAGGAUACGUCGCAUCCGCACAAGAUCUGGACACCAUCUGGUCACUCGGGGGCUACCUCCAAUAUUCUGUAAUGUUUUACGGUUACUAUGGCAACGACAGGAAGAUUGGGAGGGCAGGCUAUCGUCUGCCACUGGCCUACUUUAUGGUUGGGAUGGCAGUGUUUGCCUACAGCUUCAUCAUCCUCCUGAGAAAAAUGGCGAAGAAUUCCCGGCUGAGCAUGGCUAGCACUUCAGAUGAGAACUACACUUUCUGCUGGAAGGUCUUCUGCGCCUGGGAUUAUCUGAUCGGAAAUCCAGAGGCUGCAGAGAGUAAAACAGCCGCAGUGAUCAACAGUAUCCGGGAGGCGAUUCUAGAGGAACAAGUGAAGAAGAAAGACAGAAGCUUGGCGAUGAUAAUAAGUUUAAGGAUCCUCGCCAAUAUUCUGGUACUUCUCUCACUGGCUGGCAGUAUUUACAUCAUUUACUUUGUUGUCGAUCGCUCCCAAGAGCUGGAGCGCACCAAGGUUGAGUUGACGCUGUGGGAAAAGAAUGAGGUGAGUGUGGUUGUUUCACUCAUCACCAUGAUUGCUCCCUCUGUGUUCGAACUUGUGGCUCAGCUAGAGAUGUUGCAUCCCAGAACCACGCUGCGCUUCCAGCUUGCCAGGGUGUUGGUCCUAUACUUGGGCAAUCUCUACAGCUUAAUCAUCGCUCUGCUUGACAAAGUGAACAGUAUGAGCAUGACGGAUAACUCCAAUGAUACAGGCACUUCGUUUUUGGCAACCAGAGCUCUCCCUGAGGAGGAAAGCCUCUCGACUAUCGUACCUGAGAUUAGGCUGAGGCGGAACAGCUCAUUCAGCUCAGAAGACAACAAAACAAAACCUUUAACCAGGUUUAAUAAGACAGCUUUGUUUGACUACAACAUCCUGUCUCAGCAGGAUCAAUGUUGGGAAACCUAUGUUGGACAGGAAAUGCUGAAGUUGUCAAUUAUCGACAUGCUUUUCACCGUGGGUAGCAUCCUGCUCAUCGAUUUCAUCCGGGGACUAUUUGUGCGCUACUUGAGUGAUUGUUGGUGCUGGGAUCUGGAGAGUAAAUUUCCGGAGUACGGAGAAUUCAAGAUUGCGGAGAACGUCUUGCAUCUCAUAUAUAAUCAGGGAAUGAUAUGGAUGGGUGCUUUCUUCUCGCCAUGUCUUCCAGCAUUCAACGUUCUCAAACUGAUUGGCCUCAUGUAUUUAAGGAGCUGGGCAGUCUUAACUUGCAACGUUCCACAUCAGCAGGUAUUCCGAGCUUCGAGGUCAAAUAAUUUCUAUCUAGCUAUGACCCUGUUCAUGCUCUUCUUGUGUAUGUUACCAACUGUCUUCGCUAUAGCAAGAUAUCGGCCAUCUCCAACUUGUGGGCCAUUUAGUGGUCAAGAUAAAAUUUAUGACAUUGUGUCUGAGACGAUAGUCAGUGAUUUCCCUGUCUGGUUCAACACAGUGCUGAGUUAUGUCACCAGCCCUGUGGUGGCUCUUCCUGCCUUGCUGCUACUUUUUAUGCUGAUAUAUUAUCUCCAGUCCAUUGCACGCUCGCUAAAAUUUACCAAUAAUCAGCUCAGGAUUCAGCUCCAAAUUGAAAGAACAGAGGAUAAAAAGAAAGUUUUCCAGAUGGCAGUUGCACGAUUCCAACAUCAGGAGGAUGAUGACAAGAAAACUGAGCACGAAAGCGAUGUCGCCAGCCAGGAAUCCUCGCUUCAGGAAUCUUCACCUCGGAGGAACGGAAGUGUAACGAAUUUUGACUCCCCGCUCAGUGCAGGGAGUCGCAUUCAGAGCAUUUCACAACAGGUGGCUCAUGCUGUUGAUGUUACUCGGGUUCCCAACCUACCUGAAAAUCCAUCUACAACUGCUGCACAAAAACACAGGCGUGAACACGCCUUCCAGAGGAAUCCAGGUGGCUUACAGGGAGCCACAAGUGGGCAUUAUAGAGGGAAACUGUCCUCCAGCCGGGUAACCAAAUUACCUGAAGAUAUUCAUCCCGAUGCCCCAUUUAGGAAAUGCGUCAGACCACUGCACUAUUCACCCUCAGAAGGGACUCCGCAGAUGAUUCUGGGCCGCAGAGUGCACACGGCACGUUACAUACUAGUCAAUGAGCGUGAGCCAAGGAAAAGAUUAAUGCGCUCGGCUGCACGAAUCCCAAAGCACUAUAAGGUGGAUGAGCCCAGGGGGGUGGUGGAAAUGUUGCCAAGAAAUAUGAAAAGGUACACAGUUCACGGAGCACAAAGAACAAACCCUCAACUACACUUCAGCGGAGAGGAGGAGGAUGAGGAGGAGCUAGAGCAAGGUACGUUUAGCAGGUCACCUCGCCCCCACUCGCUGUCUGAUCUCCACCAACCAACUCGCUUCUACAUCGGGGACAGCAAGGACAGUCGAAUAUUGAUCGGGAAGGACCUGACCCAGAUUCGGUAUGAGUAUGAGGACUCUGAGCCACUGCGGGACCAUGCGGGCCCUGGGUCAUCGCAAGCUCAGCGGUUAGGCAAAGGUCCGGUACCGACCAACCAAAGUGUAGGGGCUCAUGUCAAAUGGAAAACAAAACAGAAAGCAGACCAGUCAUUGACCGAGUCGGACUCCAUUUCGGUAGCAUCGAGCAGUGAUCAGCAGAACAGCAGCACCGACCAGUACAUCCAGGUCAUUCAUAGUAAGGACAAAUACUUGAAAUCGUCCAGUGAGAAACUGAGUAGAACCAAGUCAAGAGUGAGCAUUGAACUAAAUGUGGCAGAGGCAAAUGAUCUGAUAUGUUCAAAUGUCUAGACCCUUCCCUUUGUGCACACAACAGGACAACCAGCAUCGAGCAAGCCACCACAUUGAGUAGUUGAGGUGAAUAGCGCAGCAUUUAAGGGGAAGUUAGAUAAGUACGUAAGGAAGAAAGGAAUAGAAGGAUAUGCUGAUAGGGUUAGGGUUGGGAGGAGACUUGUAUGGAGCGUAAACACUGGCAUAGACCUGAUGGACUGAUUGGUCCAUUUCUGUGCAGAAAAUUCUGUGUAAAUCUAUGUAGUAUAGAAGAUCCGUGAUUGAAUUCAGAAUAGUGUUCCUGUAAUAUUUUUUUAAAUUGAGUAUGCUAUCCUAGUCCAUCACUUCUAAUUUAAGGAGUGUUUUCAAAACUGAGAUUGAUUGCUUUUUGUUGGGCAAGGUUAUGAAGGGAUCUGGAUCAAAGGCAGGUUAAAGGAGUUAAAAUAUAGAUCAGCCAAGAUCUAAUUAAAUGGUGGAACAGGCCCGAGGGGCAGAAUGGCCUCCUCCUGCUGCAGUGUUAAAUUUGCUGCGACCUUCUCAAAAUUGGGAGAUGCUGCUCAUUGUUUAACUAACUAGGACCAUCAAAACCAUGAACCAGCUUCAGCUUCAGACACAUCACAGGGAAAGGGGUAGGAACUGUGGGGCACAGCUUAUAUCUGCUGAGUUAGUAUAGAUUAAUCCCUGGGAAUCAGCAAGUGUCCAUGACUUUUAAAGGAACUGUCAUUCCUUAGUUAACAAAAUAAAACUGACCCUCGUGUUAAUCACUGCUUUUUAAUUGAGGAGCCUCCGCAUUGUGGCCAGUCGCAAGAUUCUGUGCUGGGUGUACUCAUUUAGAAAAUUUGGCCCUAAUAGCCCCUUAACAGCAACAACUUGCAUUUAUAUAUCACCCUUAAUUUAGUAAAACAUCCCAAGGUGCUUCACAAGAGCAAUUGUGAAACAGAAUUUGACACCAGAGCCACAAAGUGAUCAGCCAUGAUCUAAUUGAAUGGCGGAGCAGGCUCGAGGGGCUGAAUGGCCUACUCUUCCUAAUUCGUAUGUUCCCAUGAUACUAAGACAGGUGUCCACAAGAGGUAGGUUUUAAAGGAGGAAGCAGGGAUUGACAGUUUUAUGGAGGGAAUUCCAGAAUUAGGCCCCCAUCAGCGGUGAAAGGAGGUAAAUUCCAACUUAACUGAGGCUCGUGUAUAUUAUUUUUAUUUUGUUUAUUUUAAAUUCAAAUGCAAACUUGGCCACAAAUAAAACAAAAACUGAUUUUACAGAAUGUCUAUUGAAAAGUGAGCGAAAAUGUACCGUUAAACUAUUCAAUCUUUCUACCUUCACAUCAACUGUUUCUGUAACUCACGCAGUAUGUAUUCACAAAUCACUGACUUGACUGCAUGUUUGAAGCCUUAGGACUCAUAUUUUGUGUUGCUAGUAGAACUAAGACCCUGAAGUAUUGUUCAGAUAUAAAUAUUGAUUAAAAAGGAUUCCUUAAAAA